UUUCACUGUACUUUGUUUGACCCCCAAAAAGUACUGUGUUAAAAAGGCAAAAAAACCAAACUAAAGUUCGCCGGGAAGCGAAAUCGUCAUCUUCCCUGUUUUGCUGUUUAGUCUGCAAGAGAAAUUUCAGAUUCCGGCGGAGAAAGCUAUAACGAUUCUUCAAUGGAUCCCACUUCUUCUUCUUCCUCUGCUCUUAGAUGGAAAAUUCUUCGCCAAGCGCUUCUCCGUAGAUCUGAUUCUCAAUCUCAAACUGAGACCAAACGGAUUUCAAGGAAAGCAACUCAAGGAUUCAACUUGAUUCCUUGUCAAGUGGUGGACUCUUCUCCUCAAUCGGAUAAGUCUCGUGAAGCAUCCGUUUGCUACACACUUCCCAUCACUGGCUCUCCCAAACUCUAUCUAACACAAAGAGUGGAUAAUUGUAGUGAUCUCAAUGACUUCGAGAUAUCUAAUCGAUACAACAUUGAUAAUACUGGACUUGUCUGUCAGUGGCCCUCUGAAGAAGUACUAGCCUACUUUUGCAAGUCUCAGCCAGAACGUUUCAGAGGUAAAAGAGUAAUUGAGCUUGGAUCAGGGUAUGGAUUAGCCGGUUUAGUUAUUGCAGCUGCAACCGAGGCAUCAGAAGUGGUAAUCUCCGAUGGAAACCCCCAAGUAGUCAAUUAUAUUAAACGUAACAUAGAAACCAACUCCAUGGCAUUUGGUGGCACAAGCGUAAAAGCCAUGGAGUUGCACUGGAAUCAGCAUCAACUUUCAGAGUUAACCAACACUUUCGACAUCAUAGUUGCAAGCGAUUGUACAUUUUUCAAGGAAUUUCAUAAGGACCUUGCGAGAACCAUCAAGAUGCUGCUUAAAGCCAAAAAAGCCUCCGAAGCAUUAUUUUUCAGUCCUAAGAGAGGUGACUCCUUGGAAAAGUUCAUGAAGGAGAUUAAGGACAUUGGUUUACACUACAUUUUAACUGAAAACUACGAUGCACAAGUUUGGAAGCGCCAUGAGACGCUUGUGAAAGGAGACGAAGCUUGGCCUAACUAUGACAAGAAUCAUUGCUACCCUUUACUUAUUCAAAUUACUAAUCAGAUUUAGUCAAGACUCUCAUAUUUGCGGCUAUGGAUGGGGAAUAAACGCAGAGGUACACCUAAUCUCUCAAGCUUUUUUUUUAACAUAUUGAGUUGUAUGGAUAUCAUAUCAAGUGGGUGGACUUGAAAGUUGAAACCUUUUGACUCUCUGCAAGAUGCUCCUAUCUUCCUUUAUUAGUAUAGAGAGGUCCACACCACACAUACACGAGUUAGGCAAAGCCGUUCAAUUAAAGAGAAGAUAUAGAACAAUAUUAAUAAGAAAAGCUUUAAAGAUUCUAGAUCAAGUGUACUGCCAUUGAUGAACUACAUCAAACUUUUCUUCAUUCUAAAUCCGGCUUUUUUAAUCUAACUUCUAGUAGUCUUUUCUUGUUUUCUUAGUGCUGAAAAUAAACUUUCUGUACUAUUAAGGGAAUUAAUAAUAACCGUUUGGGAAUGGUAGAGAUGAACCAAGGAAUCAUUUGAGAUGGAAUCAGCCAUCUUUUUAUCUAGAAGAAUCUUUGUUUUUG